CCCCUACAUGAUAAGUGAGAAAAGUCGACCCUUUCGGAUUCAUGGAUAAAAAACUGAAGGGAGUUAACUUCACAGGACUCUGGAAAGUUUUCACAGAGACAGCAGGUGCAGCCGUGGCGCUUUUCGUCCCGUCCAUGAGCGACUGAGAAAAGUCCCUGAGAGCUGAGCUGAGGGCGCACGGUUUGCUGCACAAUCCCAAUAAGGACACUGAAGAAAUACUUCCCAGAGAAAGGUAGAGAGAGAAAAGAGAGAGAGAGAGACUGAGAUAGAGAUCCUAUCUCACUCUCCCGGUUGAGGUCCUCGGAAGAUCGUGUCCAUCGUCUCGAAACUGCAGGACAAUGUCUAGUAAAGCAACUCUAGUAUUGCUCAUCUAUGGAAUCAUAAUGCAUCACAGCAUUAACUGCUCACCUAUCGGAAUAAACUUUCCAAGUAUAAGACUUGACAGUGAGGUUUAUGAUGAGGGUGGCAACUCCUUACCAUCCCUGGAUUUUGAUGGAGAUCAGUUGGAGGUGAGAAGCCCCUCUUCUGUCGCAGACGACGUCUUCACCAUGUUCUACCCAUCAGAGAAAAGAACGGAAAGACAUGCAGACGGCAUGUUUAAUAAAGCCUACAGGAAGGCGCUGGGUCAGUUAUCAGCAAGGAAAUACCUUCAUUCUCUGAUGGCAAAACGUGUAGGUGGGGGCAAAACACUGGAUGACAGCUCGGAACCCCUCACCAAGCGACACUCAGAUGGGAUCUUCACAGACAGCUACAGCCGCUACAGGAAGCAAAUGGCUGUCAAGAAAUACCUGGCGGCAGUCCUGGGGAAAAGCCUUGAAGACAUAGGUUUUCACCAUGUCCUACAAGGGAUAGACUUUGACGCCCUCCCGGACGGGGAUGAGCUUGACGCUUUUUUGGGAGACUGGCUGAAACAGUUUUCUCCCGAAUUUGCGGCUUUGUGACGCAGGGGAGCGGUUUGCAGCUAUGGUGCCUUGCAUCGACUAUAAAAAAAAAAAAGAAAAAAAAAAAAAGAAUUGCCAUGAAUCACGGAUGGCUAUUUAGUGGCCCUACAAUGCUGCACAUCUUUGGCUCAUGCUUCAUCACCAUUUUUUGUUGUUGUCGUCUUCAUGUCCCAUGUGUUUGAUAGGAUCUUUAGCCGCUUAGACAAGAUUCCUGCUUGCACUGCUUUGUGUUUUGCACUUUGUUUUAGAGCUUUAGGUUUUUGUGAAAACAGUGGGGGAGGGGGGAGGCGGCAGCUCCUCCAAGAAAUAUGACGUGUGAUAAUGAAAGCGCCAAUAGCCUUAUGAAAGUGAAUUUAUCUUCAGAUAUAUAUAUAUAUAUAUAUAUAUAUAUAUAUAUAUAAACUUGUGUGAAAAGUGAAUAUUAGAUUAGUACAAGGGUCGAG